AUGGCGGCGGCAGUGGGCACAGCGGCCUUGGCGGCCACGGCGCCGGCCCCGAACAAGGACGGCGCGUCCUCUGUGCACUGGUUCCGCAAGGGGCUGCGACUUCACGACAACCCGGCGCUGCUGGCAGCCGUGCGCGGGGCGCGCUGCGUGCGCUGCGUUUACAUCCUGGACCCUUGGUUCGCGGCCUCCUCCUCAGUCGGGAUCAACCGCUGGAGGUUUCUACUCCAGUCCCUGGCAGAUCUGGACGCACGUUUAAGGACACUACACUCUCGUCUGUUUGUGGUCCGUGGCCAGCCAGCUGACGUGUUCCCACGGCUGUUCAAGGAAUGGGGAGUGACCCGCCUGACCUUUGAAUAUGACUCCGAACCCUUUGGGAAAGAGCGAGACGCAGCCAUCAUGAAGCUGGCCAAGGAGGCUGGUGUGGAGGUGGUGACGGAGAACUCUCAUACCCUCUAUGACCUGGACAGGAUCAUCGAGCUGAAUGGGCAGAAGCCGCCCCUGACCUACAAGCGCUUCCAGGCCAUCAUCAGCCGCAUGGAGCUGCCCAGGAAGCCGGCGGGCGCGCCGACCGGCCUGCAGAUGGAGAGCUGCCAGGCCGAGAUCCCGGAGAACCAUGCUGAGACCUACGGCGUGCCUUCCCUGGAGGAGCUUGGGUUCCCCACUGAGGGCCUUGGCCCUGCUGUUUGGCAAGGAGGGGAGACAGAAGCGCUGGCCCGCCUGGACAAGCACUUGGAACGGAAGGCCUGGGUGGCCAGCUAUGAGAGGCCGCGCAUGAAUGCCAACUCCUUGCUGGCAAGCCCCACGGGCCUCAGCCCCUACCUGCGCUUCGGCUGCCUCUCCUGCCGCCUCUUCUACUACCGCCUGUGGGACCUGUACAAAAAGGUGAAGCGGAACAGCACCCCUCCACUCUCCCUCUUUGGGCAACUCCUGUGGCGAGAGUUCUUCUACACGGCGGCCACCACUAACCCCAGGUUCGACCGCAUGGAGGGUAACCCCAUCUGCAUCCAGAUCCCCUGGGAUCGCAACCCCGAGGCGCUGGCCAAGUGGGCCGAGGGCAAGACUGGCUUCCCCUGGAUCGACGCCAUCAUGACCCAGCUGCGGCAGGAGGGCUGGAUCCACCACCUGGCCCGGCAUGCUGUGGCCUGCUUCCUCACCCGAGGGGACCUCUGGGUCAGCUGGGAGAGCGGGGUCCGGGUGUUUGAUGAGCUGCUCUUGGACGCGGACUUCAGCGUGAACGCGGGCAGCUGGAUGUGGCUGUCCUGUAGCGCCUUCUUCCAGCAGUUUUUCCACUGCUACUGCCCCGUGGGCUUCGGCCGCCGCACGGACCCCAGCGGAGACUACAUCAGGCGCUACUUGCCCAAGCUGAAAGGGUUCCCCUCCCACUACAUCUACGAGCCCUGGAACGCCCCUGAGUCUGUCCAGAAGGCAGCCAAGUGCAUCAUUGGCGUGGACUACCCUCGGCCCAUAGUCAACCACGCCGAGAGCAGCCGGCUCAACAUCGAGCGGAUGAAGCAGAUCUACCAGCAGCUCUCCCGCUACCGGGGCCUCUGCCUCCUGGCGUCUGUCCCGUCGUGCGUGGAAGACCUCAGCAACCCAGUGGCUGAGCCCAGCGUGAGCCAGGCUUUGAGCAUGAGCAGCACAGGCCCACGGCUGCCCACUAGCCGCCCCACUUCCCCCAAACGCAAGCUGGAAGCAGCCAAGGCACCUCCUGGUGAGGACCUAAGCAAACGGGCCCGCGUGGCCAAGGCACCCCGGCCAGAGCCACCAGGCAAGGCCGUCUGAGGCUGCAGGCCCGCUGCUCCCUGAGCCGAGCCUGGGUGCCAGGCAGCACCCCUGGCAGCAGAGCACAGCCCGCGGACGAGCCGGCACGACAGACCACGAGGACAUGUGUGCGUGUGCGCGUGUGCGCCCGAGCAGGGGCGGUGUGCCUGGUGCGUGUGCAUGCAUCUGUUUACACACUGCACCCCUGGGCGCUGACUGGGCUACAGCAGAGCAGGGGUGGACGCUAGGCGGGAGACCGGAGGUGAGGAAGAGCUGGCCCCGGCAGCUGUCUGUCUGCCUCCCUGGCCUGCCCUCCUCAUGGGCCAAGGACGAGAAGGGCCACCUCUGGGCUCCUGUCAGAAGUGUGGGCGUCUUGAGGCAGCCUGAGGCCUGCAGGCUGACCUGGGCCAGUUUAGCCACCUGGUCUGGCCCCUUUCUCAACUUAAACGCCCCUGCCCCGGUCUUCCAGACCCUUCCACGGGCAUUGGGGCUGAGCCAGGGCUGUGGACAGAGCGUUUCAGCCAUCUUCAGAGGGCCCAAGACACCUGCUGUGGUGUUCCCACUAGAAGUGACCGUCUCGUCCCGUGCCAGGAAGAGAAGCCCCAGCUUAGAGGACAGGGUCUUCCACCAGGACACCAGUGACCCCCCAGCCAGGGGCCACUCUACUCUUUGUUCCAGAGGCUUCCUGGGCCUGCCUGCACUGUCAGCGUCCAAGCAGCUGCGUCAGUGGUCCCAGUAGCUAGACUUAGUGGGCCCAGGUGCCGGCCUGGGCAGCUGGCGUAGUACUCACACCCAGCACAGCCAUUGUAGGUGACCCAGAGGCCUGCAUUCUGGGAGUGGCCUAUGCACCCCACCCCACCCCUCAUGUUGACAAAAUGAACAAGGAAGGAGGAGGAGGGUGGUCUCCGAAGCCCGUUUUCCUCCCACGCUGUGGCCUGCAUGCGAGCCACAAGUGUGUGUGUGUGUGUGUGUGUGUGUGUGUGUGUGUGUGUGUG